AACUGGUGAAGUAUUACAGGCAUUUAGCACCUGAUCACUUGCUGCAAAUAUGUCAUCGUCUAGGACCUCUUCUUGAACAAGAAAUUCCUCAGAGUGUUCCUGGAGUACAAACUUUAUUAGGAGCUGGAAGACAGUCCUUGCUACGUACAAAUAAAAGCUGCAAGCAUGUCGUGUGGAAAGGGUCUGCUCUGGCUGCACUGCAUUGUGGAAGACCACCUGAGUCUCCGAUUAACUAUGGCAGCCCACCCAGCAUUGCGGAUACUCUGUUUUCAAGGAAGCUGAAUGGAAAAUACAGACUUGAGCGGCUUGUUCCAACUGCAGUGUAUCAGCACAUGAAAAUGCAUAAGCGGAUUCUUGGACAUUUGUCAUCUGUGUACUGUGUAACUUUUGAUCGAACUGGCAGACGGAUAUUUACUGGUUCUGAUGACUGUCUUGUAAAAAUAUGGGCAACAGAUGAUGGGAGAUUAUUAGCUACUUUAAGAGGCCAUGCUGCUGAGAUAUCAGACAUGGCUGUAAACUAUGAGAAUACCAUGAUAGCAGCGGGAAGUUGUGACAAGAUGAUCCGAGUCUGGUGUCUUCGAACCUGUGCACCUCUGGCUGUUCUUCAGGGCCAUAGCGCAUCGAUCACAUCAUUACAGUUCUCACCAUUGUGCAGUGGCUCAAAGAGAUAUCUGUCUUCUACGGGGGCAGAUGGCACUAUUUGUUUUUGGCUCUGGGAUGCUGGAACCCUUAAAAUAAAUCCAAGACCUGCAAAAUUUACAGAGCGCCCACGGCCUGGGGUUCAAAUGAUCUGUUCUUCUUUUAGUGCUGGUGGAAUGUUUUUGGCCACAGGAAGCACAGAUCACAUAAUUAGGGUUUAUUUUUUUGGAUCAGGUCAGCCAGAGAAAAUAUCGGAAUUGGAGUUUCAUACUGACAAAGUUGACAGUAUCCAGUUUUCCAACACUAGUAGCAGAUUUGUGAGUGGGAGUCGUGAUGGGACAGCACGUAUUUGGCAGUUUAAACGAAGAGAAUGGAAGAGCAUAUUGUUGGAUAUGGCUACUCGUCCAGCAGGCCAAAACCUUCAAGGAAUAGAAGAUAAAAUCACAAAAAUGAAAGUCACUAUGGUAGCUUGGGAUCGACAUGACAAUACAGUUAUAACGGCAGUUAAUAACAUGACUCUGAAAGUUUGGAAUUCUUACACGGGCCAACUCAUUCAUGUCCUGAUGGGUCAUGAAGACGAGGUUUUUGUUCUUGAGCCACACCCAUUUGAUCCUAGAGUUCUCUUUUCUGCUGGUCAUGAUGGAAACGUGAUAGUGUGGGAUCUGGCACGAGGAGUCAAAAUUCGAUCUUAUUUCAAUAUGAUUGAAGGCCAAGGACAUGGUGCAGUAUUUGACUGCAAAUGCUCUCCUGAUGGGCAGCACUUUGCAUGCACAGACUCUCAUGGACAUCUUUUAAUUUUUGGCUUUGGGUCCAGUAGCAAAUAUGACAAGAUUGCAGAUCAGAUGUUCUUUCAUAGUGAUUAUCGGCCACUUAUCCGUGAUGCCAACAACUUUGUACUGGAUGAGCAGACACAGCAAGCGCCUCACCUCAUGCCCCCCCCUUUUCUGGUUGAUGUUGAUGGUAACCCUCAUCCGUCAAGGUACCAGAGGUUGGUUCCUGGCCGCGAAAACUGCAGGGAGGAGCAGCUCAUCCCUCAGAUGGGAGUAACUUCCUCAGGACUGAACCAAGUUUUAAGUCAGCAAGCAAACCAGGAGAUCAGCCCACUGGACAGCAUGAUUCAAAGGCUGCAACAGGAGCAAGACCUGAGACGAUCUGGGGAAGCAGGUGUCAGCAACACCAGCCGAUUAAGUAGAGGCUCUAUAAGUUCUACCUCAGAGGUUCAUUCACCACCAAACGUAGGACUGAGGCGCAGUGGACAAAUUGAAGGUGUGCGGCAGAUGCACAGCAAUGCCCCGAGGAGUGAAAUAGCCACAGAGCGGGACCUUGUGGCGUGGAGCCGGAGGGUGGUGGUACCCGAGCUGUCGGCUGGCGUAGCAAGUAGGCAAGAAGAAUGGAGAACUGCAAAGGGAGAAGAAGAAAUAAAAACUUAUAGGUCAGAAGAGAAAAGAAAACACUUAACUGUCCCAAAAGAGAAUAAAGUACCCACAGUUUCAAAGAAUCAUGCUCAUGAGAAUUUCUUGGAUCUUGGAGAAUCCAAAAAGCAGCAGGCAAAUCAACAUAAUUAUCGAACAAGAUCUGCAUUAGAAGAGACUCCUAGACCCUUAGAAGAGAUUGAAAAUGGCACUAGUUCCUCAGAUGAAGGUGAAGUGGUUGCUGUGAGUGGUGGAACAUCCGAAGAAGAAGAAGAGAGAGCGUGGCACAGUGAUGGCAGCUCCAGUGAUUAUUCCAGUGAUUACUCUGACUGGACAGCAGAUGCAGGAAUUAAUCUGCAGCCACCAAAGAAAGUUCCUAAGAAUAAAAGUAAGAAAGCAGAAAGCAGCUCAGAUGAAGAAGAAGAAUCUGAGAAACAGAAGCAAAAACAGAUUAAAAAGGAAAGGAAAAAAGUAAAUGAAGAAAAAGAUGGACCAACAUCACCAAAGAAAAAGAAGCCCAAAGAAAGAAAACAAAAGAGAUUGGCUGUGGGAGAACUGACUGAAAACGGUUUGACAUUGGAAGAAUGGUUGCCUUCGACUUGGAUUACAGAUACCCUUCCCCGAAGAUGUCCAUUUGUGCCACAGAUGGGUGAUGAGGUUUAUUAUUUCCGACAAGGACAUGAAGCCUAUGUUGAAAUGGCCCGAAAAAAUAAAAUUUAUAGUAUCAACCCCAAAAAACAACCUUGGCAUAAGAUGGAACUACGGGAACAAGAACUUAUGAAAAUAGUUGGCAUAAAGUAUGAAGUGGGAUUGCCUACCCUGUGCUGCCUUAAACUUGCUUUUCUAGAUCCUGAUACUGGUAAACUGACUGGUGGAUCAUUCACUAUGAAAUACCAUGAUAUGCCUGACGUUAUAGAUUUCCUAGUCUUGAGACAACAAUUUGACGACGCAAAAUAUAGGCGGUGGAAUAUAGGUGACCGUUUCAGGUCAGUCAUAGAUGAUGCCUGGUGGUUUGGAACAAUCGAAAGUCAGGAGCCUCUUCAACCUGAGUACCCUGAUAGUCUGUUUCAGUGCUACAACGUUUGCUGGGACAAUGGAGAUACAGAAAAAAUGAGUCCUUGGGACAUGGAGCUUAUACCUAAUAAUGCUGUAUUUCCUGAAGAACUAGGUACCAGUGUUCCUUUAACUGAUGUUGAAUGUAGAUCAUUAAUCUAUAAACCUCUUGAUGGAGAAUGGGGUACCAAUCCCAGGGAUGAAGAAUGUGAAAGAAUUGUUGCUGGCAUAAACCAGUUGAUGACAUUAGAUAUUGCCUCAGCGUUUGUGGCCCCAGUGGACCUGCAGGCCUACCCCAUGUAUUGCACUGUGGUAGCGUAUCCAACGGACCUGAGUACAAUUAAACAGAGACUGGAGAACAGGUUUUACAGGCGAGUUUCUUCCCUAAUGUGGGAAGUUCGAUAUAUAGAGCAUAACACACGAACAUUUAAUGAGCCUGGAAGCCCUAUUGUGAAAUCUGCUAAAUUUGUGACUGAUCUUCUUCUACAUUUUAUAAAGGAUCAAACUUGUUAUAACAUAAUUCCACUUUACAAUUCAAUGAAGAAGAAAGUUUUGUCCGACUCUGAGGAAGAAGAGAAAGACGCUGAUGUGCCAGGAACUUCUACCCGCAGAAGGAAGGACCAUCAGCCUAGAAGAAGAUUACGUAAUAGAGCCCAGUCUUAUGAUAUUCAGGCAUGGAAGAAACAAUGUCAAGAAUUGUUAAAUCUUAUAUUUCAAUGUGAAGAUUCAGAGCCUUUCCGCCAGCCAGUAGAUCUCCUUGAAUAUCCGGACUACAGAGACAUCAUUGAUACUCCAAUGGAUUUUGCCACUGUUAGAGAAACUUUAGAGGCUGGGAAUUAUGAGUCACCAAUGGAGUUAUGUAAAGAUGUCAGACUUAUUUUUAGUAAUUCUAAAGCAUAUACACCAAGCAAAAGAUCUAGGAUAUACAGCAUGAGUUUGCGCCUGUCUGCUUUCUUUGAAGAACACAUUAGUUCAGUUUUAUCAGAUUAUAAAUCUGCUCUUCGUUUUCAUAAAAGAAAUACCAUAACCAAAAGGAGGAAGAAAAGGAACAGAAGCAGCUCUGUUUCUAGCAGUGCUGCAUCAAGUCCUGAAAGGAAAAAAAGGAUCUUAAAACCUCAGCUAAAGUCAGAAAUCUCUACCUCUCCAUUCUCCAUACAUACACGAUCAAUACCACCAAGGCAUAAUGCUGCUCAGAUCAAUGGUAAAACAGAAUCCAGUUCUGUGGUUCGAACAAGAAGCAACCGAAUGGUUGUAGAUCCAGUUAUCCCUGAGCAGCCAUCUACUUCUUCAGCCACAAAGACUUUUAUUUCAAAAGCUAAUACAUCUUCAAUGCCAGGAAAAACAAUCCUAGAGAAUUCCGUAAAACAUUCCAAAGCCUUGAAUACUCUUUCAAGUCCUGGUCAAUCCAAUUGUAGCCAUGGCACUAGGAAUAAUUCCAUGAAAGAAAACAUGGAAAAGGAAAAGCCAGUCAAACGUAAAAUGAAGUCCCCUGUACUCUCCAAGUCGUCUACUCUGUCAAAGUCAUCAGCCGUCAUUGAACAAGGAGAUUGCAAGAACAAUGCCCUUGUAUCAGGAACUAUUCAAGUAAAUGGCCAUGGAGGGCAGCCGGCAAAGCUUGGGAAGAGAGGACCUGGAAGGAAGCCUAAGGUAGAAGUUAAUCCCAACAGUGGUGAAGUCAUACACAAGAAAAGGGGUAGAAAGCCGAAAAAGCUGCAGUAUGCAAAGCCAGAAAGUUCAGAGCAAAAUAAUAUGCAUCCCGUCAGAGAGGAAGUGGUUCCUUCUGCGACAUGCAGUUUUCUUUCCGAAACUAACAUUGUAAAGGAGGAUUUGUCACAGAAGAAGAGUCGUGGAGGCAGAAAACCCAAAAGGAAGAUGAAGACGCAAAAGCUAGAUGCGGAUCUUAUAGUUGCUCCAAAUGUCAAAGUGCUAAGGAGAAGUAACCGGAAAAAGACCGAUGAUCCUGUAGAUGAGGAAGAAGAGUUUGAAGAACUCAAAGGCUCUGAACCCCACAUGAGAACUAGAAACCAAGGUCGAAGGACGGCUUUCUAUAACGAGGAUGACUCUGAGGAGGAGCAAAGGCAGCUGCUGUUCGAAGACACCUCUUUGACUUUUGGAACUUCUAGCAGAGGACGAGUCCGAAAGUUGACUGAAAAAGCAAAAGCUAAUUUAAUUGGUUGGUAACUUGUACCAAAACAUUUCACUUCAGAGUCUAUUCAGCAGGUACAGUUAAGGAACAAGUAGAACUAAGCCUUCUGCUUCCUUGCUGCUAUGGUGGAUUAGGGAAUGUUAUCAUUUGAU